AUGUCAUUUUCUUCUUCACUAAACCGAAUUGAUUUUUCUUCUUCUUCUUCUUCUUCUUCUUCUUCUUCUUCUCAAAUAAGACCAAUGUCCUUUUCUUCUCCACUAAACCGAAUUACCAAUGUCCUUUUCUUCUUCACUAAACCGAAUUGUUUCUUCUUCUCCUUCUCAAUCACGACCAAUGUCCUUUUCUUCUUCACUGAACCAAUUGAUUCUUCUUCUUCUUCUUCUCCUUCUUCAAUAUCUUUUAUUCUUCCCUUCCUGUCAUUGCUUAUUCUUCAUCGUUACCUUCUUCCUUUUCUUCUUUGCUGCACCCAAUGUCACUUUCAUCUUCUCUACCACCAAUUGCUUACUCUUGUUGUUGUAGUUAUUUUUCUUCUUCUUCUUCUUCUUCUUCUUCUUCUUCUUCUUCUUCUCAAACCUCCCUUUUUACGAGAUCAACGCAUGCAUCGGAGUAGAAACAAAUUAUGUUACUUUUUUCCCCAGCUUUGUUCAUAA